CGCAGGGCCAGGCCAGCCGUAGCGAUGGUGUCCCCCGGGGCUGGCCCAUUGCCCACCGGCCCCACGGCCACCAAGGAGCCUUCUCUGGCCAGGCUGUGCGCCCAGGUGGACCUGUGUCUGGGCUGCGCCCGCUGCACCCAGCGCCUCAACGAGAGCACCUACCUCCUGCGCCCCGUGGAGCACCGCUGCCCCUGUGAGAUCCUGCUGGCCCGCGCCAAGCGAGCUGCCAAGAGCAGGGUCUGGCGCAAGGUGGACCGCCGGCCCGGCUUCCCGCGGCCCGCGCGGUACGAGGUCUGCCGCUACUACCGCCCCGGGCUGGGCUGCCGGCGGCACCGGAACCAGUGCACCUUCGCCCGGAGCCCCGAGGAGGCGCUGGUCUGGACCUUCGAGCGCGAGCACGGGGUCCGCCGCCUGUGGCUGAAGGCAGCGGUGAAGGGUGGCGGGGCCCAGGGCGAGCUGCGCAGCCCGGCUGACACCAUCCGAGAGGAGUUUGGCGGCCGCUUCCAGCUGCUCUGCUGCCACUGCUUCCGGCACUGCCCGCCACACCUCAGCCCGGUGGACGCCCAGGGCCGCUGCCCCAGGCACGGCACCUGCCCCUCGCUCCUGGCCCACGUGAGCUCCGAGGGCCGCCGGCAGCAGGUGGUGGAAGUGCGGCCACGGCCCCAGUACCGCCAGCCGCUGGCCUACUGCCUGUUCGUGGGGCGCGGACGGCCGUGCCGGCACGGGGCGUCCCGCUGCCAGUACGCCCACAGUGCCGUGGAGAUGGCCGUGUGGGAGGCUGAGCAGCUGGGUGGGCUCCAGCGGAUGGACCUGCUCACACUCCCUGCCCCCGGGGGCGACGGGCACACAGCGCCCCCCCGCCAGCCUCCUGCACUCCAGCUGUACUGCCACGCCUGCCUGGUCACCUGCCGCUCCCAGGAGGCCUUCGAGAACCACUGCUCAUCCCAGGAGCAUGCGCAGAUGGUGGCCCAGGGCCAGGCCGAGGCCUGGGAGUACCGGAGCCCGCCCACCGGGCUCUCCACCUUUGAGCUCUGCCCCAGGCCCAGCCUCUGUGAGUAUGGGGACAUCUGCACCAAGGCACAUUCAGAGCAGGAGCUGCAGGAGUGGACGCGGCGGGUGCGGACGGCGGAGCUGCGGGAGCGGGCGGCCUGGCAGGAGGGGCUGGUGUCCUACCGAGAGCGGCUGCUGGCCGAGUACCAGAGCAGCAGCAGGGAGGUCCUGGUGUUGGCCGAGACUGUCGACGGUGUGUCCGUCACCUGCCACCAGCCCCUGGUGCAUCAGGCCCAGGAGAGGAAGAUUCAGCACAGCUGGACGUUCGUUGUCCACUCUGAGGAUCCGUUGCAACACGUGGCCCUGCUCAAGCAGGAGCCGGGAGCAGACUUCUCGCUGGUGGCCCCCCGCCUCCCGCUGGGCCGGGUGUACGCACAGGGGGAGCGCUUCCGGCUGCCCGGCCGCCCGGCCGGGUACCAGGUGGCCGUGUGUGUGCAGGGCACCUCCUUCGGCACUUUCGAGCAGUGGGUGGUCUUCGACUUUGGCCGCAGGCCGGCCCUGCUGCGGAGGCUGGAGCUGCAGCUGGGCCAGGAGCGCCGGCCGGCGGGGACGCCAGCACCCGGCCGCCACGAGGAGCUGGAGCGCUGGCACACUGGCAACCGCCACGUGGUUCCUGGUGUGGAGCGCACCGCGGAGCAGGCAGCCUUGAUGGCCAAGUACAAGGUGCCAGCGCUGGCCCUAGAGUUCCGCCACGGCGGCCCGGCCCCGGGCCCCCUGUCCUGCGCCAACUACCGGCAGAGGCUGCACCAGUUCCUGUAUGAGGAGGAGGCUACGCAGCAGCAGCUGGUGGCCAAGCUGAACCUCCGGGGCCCCGUGUCCCUGAAAACCUCAUUGCAGACGCCAGCCCUGGGCAUGCUCUUCCCGCCACCGGGAGCCCUCUACGCCGAGGUCCCCAUCCCCGCCUCCCUGACACCAGACACGGACCAGGGCUUCCUGCUGGGCCGGGCGGUCAGCACGGCGCUCGUGGCCCCUGUGCCCCCACCUGACAACACGGUGUUCGAGGUGCGGCUGGAGACCCGGGCCGGCGGGGAGCAGGCGCGCUGGCUGCUGCUCCCCGCCCACUGCUGUGCGGCCCUGGGCUUGCGGCCUGAGGCCAGCCCUCUGCUGGAGGUGCAGUUCCAGGUUGACCCGAUGACCUUCCGCCUCUGGCACGAGGCGGUGGACGCACUGCCUGAGGAGCGUCUGGUGGUGCCCGACCUGCCGGCCUGCGCCCUGCCCCGCCUGCAUCCCAGCCCGCCUGCGCUGCACGGCAACCACAAACAGAAGCUGGCGGUGCAGUUCAUCGCGAGCAGCAGCCCUGGGGGCACGCGGCCUGUGGCCCCGCUGCUUAUCUACGGCCCUUUUGGCACAGGCAAGACCUACACACUGGCCAUGGCCUCCCUGGAGGUCAUCCGACAGCCCCACACCAAGGUGCUCAUCUGCACACACACCAACAGCGCGGCCGACAUCUACAUCCAGGAGCAUUUCCACAGCUACGUGAGCAGCGGCCACCCCGAGGCCACGCCCCUGCGGGUGAUGUACACGGACCGCCCGCCGAGCCAGACGGACGCAGCCACGUUGCAGUACUGCUGCCUGACGGAGGACCGCCGGGCCUUCCGCCCGCCCACGCGCGCCGAGCUGGAGCAGCACCGCAUCGUGGUGGCCACCACCUCGCAGGCCCGCGAGCUCAGGGUGCCUGCUGGCUUUUUCUCACACAUCCUCAUCGAUGAGGCCGCCCAGAUGCUGGAGUGCGAGGCGCUCACCCCACUGCGCUACGCCCUGCCAGGCACCCGCGUGGUGCUGGCCGGGGACCACAUGCAGGUCACGCCCCGGCUCUUCAGUGUGGCCAGGGCACAGGCGGCCGGCCACACGCUGCUGUAUCGUCUGUUUCAGUUCUACCAGCAGCAGACACACGAGGCUGCCCAGCGCAGUCGCAUCAUCUUCCACGAGAACUACCGUUCCACGGAGGCCAUCAUCACCUUCGUCUCGCAUCACUUCUACAUGGCCAAGGGCACGCCCAUCCACGCCCGCGGCAAGGUCCCGCGCCACCCUCGGCACUACCCGCUCAUGUUCUGCCACGUGGCGGGCAACCCCGAGCGUGACCUGUCCCUGACAUCCUGGCUCAACGCCGCCGAGGUCCUCCAGGUCGCCGAGCAGGUGCAGGAGUUCUAUGGCGCCUGGCCCCACUGCUGGGGCCGCCGCGAGCAGAGGCACAUCUGUGUGGUGUCCCACGGUGCCCAGGUGAGUGUGCUGAGGCAGGAGCUGAGGCGGAGGGACCUGGGCCAGGUGUCUGUGGGCAGCUUUGAGAUCCUGCCAGGCCGGGAGUUCCGGGUGGUGGUGCUGAGUACCGUCCACAACCACCAGAGCCUGCAGAGCCCGGGCGCGCCUGCCCUGGAGUUCUUCACGGACGCCCGUGUGCUCAACACCAUCCUGACCCGCGCCCAGUCCCAGGUGGUCGCGGUGGGGGACGCAGUGGCCCUCUGCUCCUUCGGGGCCUGCAGCAAGCUCUGGAAGAGCUUCAUCCGCCAGUGCGUGGAGCAUCGCAGCGUCUACCCCGAGGGCUUGUCGCUGGAGCACAUCGAGCAGGCCGUGGCCCAGAGGCAGCGCUGGGCCCGUUGCCAGCGGCCCGCAGCCCCGCCGGCAGAGGGGUCUGUGGCAGCGGUGGCUGGGGACACGGUCUCAGUGGCGGGGGCAGCAGGAGCCCCGGCCACAGAGCGUGCGGCCUUGGCCGAGGCCGAGGAGGGUGGAUCCCCGGCCAGCACCUCAGUGGUUGGGGACGUGGCCACAAAGAACGCAGAGGCUGGGGACACAGCUUCAGGGUCUGUGUCCAGGGGGUGCCUAGCAAGUGAGGAUGGAGUGCCACCAGGGAACCCGGCCGUCGUGGUGGCAGGGCCGGCGGCCACGGAGAGCGAGGACCCCGAGGACCCCGAGUCUGACUUUUGGCCCUCCGACGGGGAGCUUGGCGCCGACGACUCCAUCCUGCAGGAGCUGCUGGACGAGAGCCGGAACGUGACGGUGACCGUGCGGGAGGACGGGCUGCUGGACACCAUGGCCAGGCCUGCGUCCCCACAGCAGGCCCGGCAGUACGUGAACCUGCCGCCGGACGCACUGCGGAAGCUGCUGCGCUCGGAGCCCCAGCUGCACCACAGAUGUGCCUUCGUGCAGGAGACCUUCGAGCGGGCGACGGCCGUGCCGCUGGAUGACACGGCGCCCGGCCCCAUUCAGCUCCGGGGCCGCCUGAACUGUGGGAUGGCCUUCAGCGGGGACGAGGUGCUGGUCAGGGUCCUCGGCGGCGAAAGGGGCCUGUCGGGGCGGCCGCAGGGCCGCGUGCUGGGCGUGCUGAAGAGGCGGCGCAGCGAUCUGGUGUUCGUGUGCCGCAUGGAUGAGUGGGACCCGCGCAUCAUGACCCCCAUCGACGGCUCUGUGACCAAGAUCUUUGUGGCCGACCUGAAGGACCCCCUGCAGGUGCCCGUCCACUGCUUCCUGCAGGGCCGCGUGCAGAGGGUGGGGCACGAGCAGCUCACGGCCCAGGCCAGGCGCCGCCGGCUCUUCUGGGUGCGCAUUGUGGUCUGGCGGGAGCGCUUCUACUACCCGCUGGGCAUAGUGCUGGAGGUGCUCCCCGAGGCCACCACCUGGGAGCGGGGCCUCCGAGUGCUGGACCUGGAGUACGGCCUCAGGGAGCCCUCGUCAGACCCAGCUGUGGUCUCCAAGGCGCUGCAGAGAUACUGCGCAGAGCUCGGCCAGGCGCCAGGUUGCCGGGACGACUGCCGCAGCUUCCUGACCUUCACCGUGGACCCCCAGGGUGCCCGCAACCUUGACGACGCCCUCAGUGUGCGGGACUUGGGCCCCAGGUACGAAGUGGCUGUGCACAUCGCCGACGUGGCCAGCUUCGUGCCCAGGGACGGGGCGCUGGACGUGGAGGCCCGAAGACGGGGCACCGCAUUCUAUGCCCCCAACCGGGAGCCGACGCCCAUGCUGCCUGCUGGCCUCUGUCAGGACGUGCUCAGCCUCCUCCCAGGCAAGGACCGCUUCGCCAUCUCUCUCUUCCUCACCUUCGAGAAGGGCAGCGACCAGCUCAAGAGCCUGCGCUUUGCGCCCUCUGUGAUCCGCUCCGACCGCCAGCUGUCCUACGAGGAAGCUGAGCAGGUGAUCAGGGGGCAGCUGGGGGCCACCCUGGAGCUGCCCGCCCGCCUGGACUCCGUGGAUGCCUGCAUCCUGGCUGCGUGCCACUUUGCCCGGGUGCUGCGCCGACACCGUUUGCAGGCGGAUUGGCAUUAUGAGCAGCCUGACGAGGACAGCGCGCUGGGCUUCCGUGCGGCCCACGCCAUGGUCAAAGAGUACAUGAUCCAGUUCAACAGCCUGGUGGCCGAGUUCCUGGUGGGCAGUGAGCGCACCCGGACGACCACACCGCUGCGGUGGCAGCCCACGCCCAGCGGCCACCAGCUUGAAGCCGUGAGCGAGAAGCAUGGAGAGCUGGUGCCUUUAUCGCUUCACCUGAGACACCACCUGCAGGGGCGCGGCACCUCCCUUAAGCAGCUCCACCUGCUGGCUUCCCUCUGGAGGCACAUCCAGCUUGCCGCCCACGCCCAGGACUUCGGCCUGCUGGCUGACCUCAUCACCACGGACGACAUGCACCCCUCGCUGGCUGCCGCGGGCCUGGACUUCCGCAAGGCCCUGGGCCGCUCCGUCUUCGGCCGCUCCAGCCAGGGUGAGCGGCAACUGGCCAGCCACUACUCGCUGCAGGUGGACUGGUACACCUGGGCCACCUCGCCCAUCCGCAGGUACCUGGAUGUGGUGCUGCAGCGGCAGAUUCUGCUGGCACUGGGCCACGGGGGCUCCGCCUACUCUGCCAGAGACAUCAACGGGCUCUGCCAAGACUUCAGCCGCCAGCACGCACGUGCCCAGAGCUACCAGCGCCGGGCCUACAGCCUGCACCUGGCCUCGCAGCUCAAGGCCCAGCCGCGCCAGAAGCUGGGCUUUGUGGUGGAUGUGGAAUUGGGUGCCCGCUGCUUCAAGCUGCUCUUCCCGGCCAACCGGGAGACUCUGCCGGACCCCUGCCCUGUUUACUACCGCUCCCUGCAGCUGGCGGAGCACCCGCACCGCCUGGUGAGCCGCCUGGGCCUGCGGCUUGAGUGGCGGCGCCGUGUCUACUCGGUGCUGGCGAAUGGGCCAUGUCCUCCACUGCCAGGCGCCCUGCUGGACCCGCACACCUGGCCCGUGGACGCCGCCCUGUGGCAGCAGCUGCUGGAGCUGGUGGAGGAGCAGCGCUGGCCGGAGGUGGCUGCCCGUGUGCGGGAGCAGGGCAGUGCCGGGCCGCCGCAGCGGGAGCUGGGGCAGGUGUCACGCAGCCGCUGUGGCCACUUUGUGGAGGUGGCCCGGGAGCUGGGCAGCGGGGACACGCUGAAGGUGCAGCUCAGCGCCACGCUGCAUCGGGGGAUCCUGGCGCCAGCCCUGCAGCUGUGGCUCGUGGCCCCGGGCUUCAGCCUGUGCCUGGAGCACGUGGAGAGAGCAGGUGACUGCUUCUCGGGCCGUGUGCCGCAGGCCGGGCGGGACCGUUGCCGCAGCGUGGAGGACUACUGCCUCAUGUGGGAGCCGUUUUGCUCCCUGGAGUCGGCCACUAGCGCCGUGGCCGAGAGCGACGCCAUCACACUGCAGCACGUGUACAUCGCCUGGGACACGGAGCGGACCGAGCAGGGGCAGCUCCAGGGCAGCUUCUGCCUGGAGGCCGCCUUCCUCCGGGAGCACAGCAUCGACAUCAGCUUCGGGCACUGCUACCUCUGCAUCCGGCUUGAGGGGCUUCGGGCUGUGCCCGAUGCCGGGGUGCCAGACCCCGAAGCCAGCCCUGGCCAGCCGCCCCCUGGGCCCAGCAGCCUGGGCCCCACCCUGAGCAUCGACCCGGACACCUACACCUGGGUGGCCCACGGGCUGACAGAGGACUGGGACACGAAUCCAGAGGGCCGGGCCGACCGGCAGGCGGCUGACAAGCAGGUGCACUUCUUCAUCCACCACAUGGCCAUGGAGAAGGUUCCAGAAGAGGUGCUGCGGCCCGGUGCCCCGUUCACCAUUGAGGUGCUGCCCAAGCAGCUGCCUGACCUCCGCAAGGAAGAAGCCGUGCGUGGGCUGAAGGACGCGUCCCAGCUGGUCAUCAACAUCGCCCUGGGCCACCCCAUCCCCCUGCCCCGACACCCGCCCCGCCACGCUCCCCGACACUUUCCUGGCCAGCAGCCCCUCCGCAGAGGAAUCCCCAGCAGGUUUCUGGAGCGACAGGCCUUUGACAUCCCCGGAGGCCGCCACAAGCUGAACCCCAGCCAGAACGGGGCUGUCAGAGAGGCCCUGAAGAGGCAGUUCACCGUCAUUCAGGGCCCACCAGGCACCGGGAAGACGGUGGUGGGCUUCCACAUCGUGUUCUGGUUCUACAAGUGGAAUGAGGAGCUGGCGCCGGCCGGGGGCGCUCCCGGCCACGAGAGGCAGCGGGGCGGCCCCUGCAUCUUGUACUGCGGCCCCUCCAACAAGUCGGUGGACGUCGUGGCAGGAAUGCUCCUGAGCAGAAGGGCCGAGCUGAAGCCCCUCCGUGUGUACAGCGAGCAGGCGGAGGCCACCGAGUUCCCAGUGCCGGGCGUGAGCAGCAGGGGCCCGCCCAGGAAGACCCCUCGGGAGGGGAGGCCCAAUCAGAGCCUCAGGACCAUCACGCUGCACCACCGGAUCCGGCAGUCCUCCAAUCCCUACGCGCCCUCCAUCAAGGCCUUUGACACCCGGCUGCAGAGAGGGGAGGUGUUCCCCGAGGAGGACCUCGCCAGGUAUAAGAAGAUCCUGGGGAAGGCGAGGAAGUUCGAGCUGGACCGCCACCGCGUCAUCCUCUGCACGUGCUCGUGUGCGGCCUCGGCCAGCCUCAAGAACCUGGACGUCCGGCAGAUCUUGGUCGACGAGGCAGGCAUGGCCACGGAGCCCGAGACCCUCAUCCCCCUGGUGAACUUCUCCCACACUGAGAAGGUGGUUCUUCUUGGGGACCACAAGCAGUUGCGGCCUGUGGUCAAGAAUGAGCAGCUGCAAAGCCUGGGGCUGGACCGGUCUCUCUUCGAGAGGUACCACAGGGACGCCUACAUGCUGGACACGCAGUACCGCAUGCACGAGGGCAUCUGCAGCUUCCCUUCCAUGGAGUUCUACCAGAGGAAGCUGAAGACCUGGCCGGGCCUGCGGCGGCCGCCCAGCGUCCUGGGCCAUGCCGACAAGGAGAGCUGCCCUGUCAUCUUUGGCCAUGUGCAGGGUCACGAGCAGAGCCUGUUGGUGUCCACAGAUGAAGGGAACGAGAACUCCAAGGCCAACCUGGAGGAGGUGGCGGAGGUGGUUCGCAUCGCCAAACAGCUGACCCUGGACAGGACAGUGAACCCCAAGGACAUCGCCAUCCUCACGCCCUACAACGCGCAGGCUGCCGAGAUCAGCAAGGGCCUCGUGCGUCAGGGUGUCACCGGGGUGGCAGUGUGCUCCAUCACCAAGAGCCAGGGGAGUGAGUGGCGCUAUGUGCUGGUCAGCACCGUCCGUUCCUGCCCAGAGAGCGACUUGGACCAGCGGCCAACGAAGAGCUGGCUGAAGAGGUUCCUGGGCUUCGUUGUGGACCCCAACCAAGUGAAUGUGGCCAUCACCCGGGCCCAGGAGGGGCUCUGCCUCGUCGGAGACCACCUCCUGCUUCGAUGCUGCCCUCUGUGGCGCAGACUCCUGGACUUCUGUGAGGCCCAGCGGAGCCUGGUUCCCGCUGGCCAGGUGCGGGUCCAGAGGAGGCCAGCCGUGCUUGUCUGAAGGGCCCGCCUCCGCCGUCCACUGCCCUCAAGCUGGCAGGACAGCCAGGAAAAGGCCAAGCCCUCCCCUGCCGGCUGCUGUGGCCCCGCUCCGCGGAAUCCCAGUGCCUUCUUCAGGAGUCAUUGCCGGGCCGGCCUGGCCCCCACGCCCCGACUGGGCGAGGUUGCAGCGGCCGCCUGCGUUAGCCUCCUUCUGGAGUCUUGCCUUGCCCCGGGGGGAGCACGGACUUGAGGAGAGGAAAGAGGAGAUUGGGGCUCAUCCUCCCGGUUGACCUGCGUCUGCUGCCGCUGUGGUGCCAGGGGUGGGGCCGCAGGGAAGGUCUGGGGUCCAGAAGGAAAUCCCAGCUCUUUGGUCUGGGAUGCCAUCCCAGCCACACGGUGCGGCCAUGGAGCUCAGCUUUAUUUUCUAUUUUUAAAUAAACCCAAACUCAGGGCAGAGAGGCUUCCCUGGAAGCCAGGGCCGUUUCUCUGCACCCACAGCCCUCCCUGAGGCCACCUCCCCUUGACCUCCCCUCCCACAGCAGUGCUCCCAAGGGCUGUGGGCGGGGCUGCCAUCGUGGCUCCCCUGGAUGCUACCACCCCCACUCCGCCCCCACUCCACCCCCACUCCACCCCCACUCCGCGGGUGGCCAGGUCAGGACAGCCUGCCUGCCCAGUGUGUCAGGAGGCCUUUGUGUCCUGCCUUCUCUGAAAGCCUCUGGUCUCCCACCGAGCCCGCCCUGAGGCGGCUCCGACCUGGGGCUCAGGGCGAUGGUUCCCACUCGUCAUGGGCUGGGGCUGCAGAGCAUGGUGUGCCGAGGAGGGCAGCCCCAGCCUUGCUGUAGGGCCCACAGGGAUGGUCUGUGUCUGUCCUGAAGUUUUUUACAAAUCCAAUCUCUACAUUCCAAUUUUGUAUCUUUUCUUGGACUAUUAUAUGAUUGAACAUUAAUUUUUUUAUAAAGGCCACUCUGCUUUCUCA